CAGAGGUGUGCGCGGCCUGUGGGACGCGUCGCCUUUCGCUGACGAAUCGCGCCUCACGGCGGGGUAUAUAAGGGUCGGUGGUCAAUGGCCGACUAUCACUGUCUUAGUGCCUUACACAACCGCCAUCUUUUUCUCAUCGCAUAUCUCCGUCUCAUACAUCAUGCUCGUUUUGACCCCAGUGUCCGCCCUUCAUUGCGGCUAUCCUUCUCAUGGCCGAUACGCUCCUCAAUAUGACUAUUACAAUGCGCUCGUCGGUCAAGCUGAGCACGACGUUGCCGUCGCGCAUGCCAGGGCUGAGGUGGUGCGCAGGCGUCAGCAGCAGGAGCAACAGCGCCGCCGACAGAUGGAGGAGAAUCUCCGCCAGCACGCAGCGUUAGAAGCGCUUUACAAGUACGAGCUGGCUCAGGAACGCGAGCGAAGGGCCGCUCUUGCACGGAAGCAACAGCCGCAAGAACUGGCUCGUGCUUAUGCCGAGGCUCGCCAGCGGGCCGCCGCCGAGCGCGAGCGCAUUCGUCUGGAGAGGCUCCGCGCGCGCCGAACCAGGGAGGAGCAGUUCUGCACUGCAAUCAUUGCGAUCGAGCAGCCAGCUGCUCCUACAAGCCAUAGCCGUGCCGCUCAGCCCUCAACUUUGGAGGCAACGCCUUUUACAUCUACAUGCGCGCGACAUCUUCCUACUCGGACACAAGUACGGCCUUCCACGUCGGCGAUAUCGCCUGCUGCGGUGCAGGAGCGGUUGCGCGAACGACUCGAUCACGAGUCCGAUCCCCAAGUCCGCCAUACACUUGAACACCUUUUGUCGCGUGUGGUGUCACCGCCACCGACGCUCAACACAGUCGACGUGAAGGGUAAGGGUAAGGAGAAGGAGGUCACUUCGCCUGCUCAGGCCCACCCUUCUCCUCCCUUCGCCUCUUCUCCCAUUCCGGAGCCGGUCGAGUCUUCUACCCCUGCUCCUGCUGGACAUACUCUGCAGGACAUGCUCCGGCAACGACUAGAGCAGGAAGUUGACCCAGAGGUAAUCGAAGCUCUGAGCAAUCUAUAUUUGCGGCUCUACGGCUGGCAGAUCAAUCGUGACCAGGGAGCUACUUCCUCCACCAAUAUCGACCCAAAGGGCAAGGGCAAGGAGAAGACCAUAGACGUUGACGCUCCCUCUCAAUCCGCACCAGCGGAGUUCGCCGUCAAUGAAUCCGCAUCGACGGCAUUUGAGAACCUAAGUGGCACCAACCUCAAGCGCAAGCGCGAACUCUCCCCCGACGUCGCAGCCAAGCUGCUCUCCGUCUACCGCUCUUACCGCUCACGCAAGUCGUCGCUCGGCGCGAUCAAGGACAUCGAAGAGACUCUGCGCACGCUUGAGGCCACGUUCGUCUUCCCCACGCGCCUCGAUUUUGCUGCGGAGAACGGACUGAUGUAUACUGCGAACAACUCGGCGCUGCACGCGUAUGAGCAUGAGCUGAACGGCCUGCUCGCGCGCCUGGAUGCGGUUGACAGCCGUGGCGACACGGAGGUGCGCGGCCGCCGGAAGGAGGUCGUGCUCCAGGUCGAACGCGCGCUGGAGGAAAUUGAGAGGAGGGUCGAGCAGAGCCGCGAGCGCGAGGGAGAGGACGAGGAUGCGGCUCCGUCUCAGACGGAGGAGCCUGCGGCUUCUGAACCAGAAUCUAAGCCUGGAGAGGAAACGUCUGAAGUGACUCCGGAAGUGUUGCCCGUUGUUCUUGGUGAAGCCGUCGCCCUGGUUUCUGUCACUGAAGAGUCCGUUCAAGUCGCGGCUGCGACCACCACCCAAGAGGUACCUUCUGCGCCGGAGAUCAUACCUGAAGAGGAGACGUGUUCGCAGGCCGAGACGCGUCCGGAGGUAUCAUCCACUGUCCUUGAUGAUUACGUUGCUUCGCCUUCUAUCACUGAAGUUCCGGCUGAACCUACCGCUACUGUGAUCAUCCUUGACCCUCCCGCUGAAGGCGUCACUCCGCCGGCGUCCACAGAUUCCCAGCGCGCCACGGAAGCCACAGAUGUCCUCGCCACUACGCCCGUACUGUCUCCAUCUACAGACGACCAUGUCGCCGGCUCCGAUCAGCUCGCAGCACCACAAGCCGCCCACAUAGAAGUGGGAUCUUCUGCUGAUGCAGAUGCAGAUGCGCAAAUUUCUGCGCAGCCUGUCAUAGAUUCCGGAGCGGCGCAAGAUCCGGAGAAGUUGUCUGUAUCUGUCGUGGCUGCCACUGCUUCUCCGUCUUCCCUUCCGUCAGCGACCACAGAAGCCAGCACACCUGUGAGCGAGCCGCCCGCGGACCUCGCUGCAAGCUCAGAGACGGACAUGCGGACGGAUAUCGAUUCGGGCACAGAUACAGAUACAGGGUCCGUGUCGUCGGACGAUGCUUACCUGCUUGAGUCGUCGCCACUUGAGGACCGGCCGCGACAGCCGCGGAAAGCGGCUGUCUCGGAGGAGAUGGAGUUUGUCGAGCAUGAUGAAGUGGAGGGGUCCGACUGGUCCGAGGUGGAGGCCGCGUAGGUGGCAGGCUGAGCGAUUGGGACGUGGUGUGGGACUCGCUAGGACUCGGACUGGGCUUGUACUGUUACCAUUGCUGUCGUUGUAUUCUACCGUUGUCUCUGGCUAAUUCAUUUCGCUGCUUGCAUGAAACACAG